GAGGAACUUUAACGCACAAAAUGGACACCAAUACUAAUACAGUCGUAACUGUAACCACAGAAAACACAACUGAAAACGUGACAGCUGAGUCAAAUGAGAAAAGCUUCAUAAUAACUGCAAGCAUUUUGACGUUGGGCGUUCUCAUUAGCUUUACAAAUGGGAUGAUCAUUUGCUUCUACGUACUUAAACCUAACGUAAGGAAGCACGUUAGUGUCUUCAUACUAAAUCUGGUGAUUGUUGAUUUCCAGAAUGGGAUAUUAGCUUUGCCACUGGCUGCAUUCAGGAGAGAGUUAACGAUGGGCUCAAAUACUAGUAUUCCACUAUGUGUAUUAGCGUCAGCCUGGCCAUCAGUUCUAUUGUUAGCAGUAAUAUAUAGCGUUCUUCUUGUUGCUGCCGACAGGCUCAUCUCCAUCGUAAAACCGUUCCAAUAUAACGAGAUAGUGACAUAUCCUCGAAGAGCCAUUGUCAUAACAACAGUUUGGGUGUGGUCGAUUAUGUUAGGGUGUGCACCAGUGAUGGGUUCGCCCACACCAGGGGGGAUACGUAUCUCUGUGUUCCCGGGAGAAAUUGUAGACGCUUUUUGCGAUGAAUAUUACGUAUACACGCAAACAUAUAUUCUAUUAUACAUAUCUCUUGGGAUUCUAGCACCUUUGAUAGCCAUAAUAAGUAUAUACAUUGCGAUGUAUAGAAUUGCACAGAGACAUAUCAAGGCUAUAAAUGAAAUACAAACAGCUUCAAAUGAUACGGAAUAUGAAGUCAAAGGUGGAAAAGUGAAUAAGAUUGUGAAUAUUUCAAAAGCUGCGAAAACUGCAUUCAUUAUGUCGACUCUCUUUGUUCUUUGCUGGGUUCCUUUUAUGACGGUUCUACAGUUGCUGAGCCUUGCGAGAAUAAGCGAUUUAAGGAACUAUCUGGACGAGACUAAAAUUGCAAGUGGAAUGGGUAUAUCAUCCUUUUUAGCAUACCUUGUCUCAUGUAUUAAUCCUAUUAUAUAUUCGCUGCGAACACCGACUUUGAAGCGGAGUUUACGAUCGACAUUUUGUUUUAUUUGCAAUAAAAACAAAAUCGAGGACUUUUCAAGUCAGGGAAGAGACCUAGAGGGAUCAAUGGUUUAUUAAGCAGUCCCCCAGCACAUUACCUAUGAAAUAAAAAAUAUUUAUCAUUGCAUCAUGGCUAAAAUCAUAGAACUCUGAUUAACUUUGUGAAAAUACGACUACAUAUUUCACAUCUUUUAAUUCAUUAAUAAGCAAAUAUUUCAUUCUAUGGAGGGCAAUACCUGUUCAUCUUUCAAUGAUUUUUGCGGUAUGUAUUGCCCGCAGCCCGUAGGGCGAGGGAAAUACAUGAUGCAAAAAUCAUUGAAAGUGCAACAGGUAUUGCCCGAACAUAGAAUGAAAUAUUUGUUUUAUUAUAUCAUUGCUAGACAUUCCCUAUGAUCAUUUAUUUUAAUCAAUUAAUAUAUCAUUAAUCCAUAAGUGAACAUAAUUACGUACAAGUAUCAUUGAAUGGUACACUUUAUUUUCGUCCAGUGUAGUUGUCAGAAUUCCCGGGCGGGCAAUACGCCGGGCAAUACGUCUUUUAUUAUCCUAGAAUUCAGGGAGCUGUGAAAUACGUUAUGGUAUUUUUGAUCACAUGGUACUGACUCGACCAAUCAAAUCACACAAUUUCUAGCAAUGAUAUAAUAACGUCGUAUAU